UGUUCUCACAGGACGCGUCUUUAUUGCUAAGUAAAAGCCCUGCUCGAUGAGGCCUCACCCGCUCUUGGCGUCGGUAGGCGUCGCCCGACAGGUGCCGGGGCGGCGCGGAGGCCGGGAGGGCGCUGGUCGGAGCCGCCCCCCGAGCUGGGGACCGAGCGCCGGGUGGGAGCGCGUGACUCAGAGCCGCCCCGGGGCCCUCCGCCCCGAGGGUGGGUCGCCCCGGCCGCCGGCGAGCGGGGCUGCAGGAACUGGGUCGGGCCGCACUCAGCUCAAGGACCUCAAGGGCUCUCCGCGUCUGCUGCUACACGGACGCUACACGCACUUCAAGUCGGAGAGCUGUAAGGCGCCGCCCUGGGGCGCGCACCGGCUGCCGUCAGCCCCGGGCAUCCCGAGAAAACUGCGAGGACCACCUUUCCCCAGCCCGCCCCUCGGGGACCCAGAAGUCCAGGUAGUGCGGCGGAGCCGGGCGCCUAGAUCGGGAAUUGGGGAGAGCUCAAGCGGAGGCAGCCAGAUCCAGGGUCCCUGUCUGCAGCCAGGCCUGCCGAGGCCUCCUUUCGGCGGGAGCAUGCUGGCGCUCUGGGGGCGCAGGCUCCCCUCCGUGUGGGUUCUGCUCCUGUGGUCACUGCUGCAGCUGCUGCCGCCGCCCUCAGCCCCUGCGCCCCACAGCGCGCCCUACAAGCCGGUCAUCGUGGUGCACGGGCUGUUUGACAGCUCGUACAGCUUCCGCCACCUGCUGGAUUACAUCAACGAGACACAUCCUGGGACCGCGGUGACGGUGCUCGAUCUCUUCGAUGGCAGAGAGAGCUUGCGGCCCCUGUGGGAACAGGUGCAAGGGUUCCGAGAGGCCGUGGACCCCAUCAUGGCAAAGGCGCCUCAAGGGGUGCACCUCAUCUGCUACUCCCAGGGAGGCCUCGUGUGCCGGGCUCUGCUUUCUGUCAUGGAUGAGCACAACGUGGACUCCUUCAUCUCCCUCUCCUCUCCACAGAUGGGGCAGUACGGGGACACGGACUACUUGAAGUGGCUGUUCCCCACCUCCAUGAGGUCCAACCUCUACCGGAUCUGCUACAGCCCCUGGGGCCAGGAAUUCUCCAUCUGCAACUACUGGCAUGACCCCCACCAUGAUGACUUGUACCUCAAUGCCAGCAGCUUCCUGGCCCUGAUCAACGGGGAGCGAGAUCAUCCCAACGCCACUGCAUGGCGGAAGAACUUCCUGCGUGUGGGCCGCCUGGUGCUGAUUGGGGGCCCGGAUGAUGGUGUUAUCACUCCUUGGCAGUCCAGCUUCUUUGGUUUCUAUGACGCCAAUGAGACAGUGCUGGAGAUGGAGGAGCAGCCGGUUUAUCUACGAGACUCCUUUGGGUUGAAGACUCUGCUGGCCCGGGGAGCCAUAGAGAGGUGCCCAAUGGCGGGGAUCGCCCACACGGCCUGGCACUCCAACCGUACCCUGUAUGAGACCUGCAUUGAGCCGUGGCUCUCCUGAGGAUGCCUGGGUGACCAGGAGGUCCCCAGCCUGAGACUGGGUGGCAGCCAUGGAAGGCGGACCUCAGGCCCUGGCACACCCGGGACCCCCUCAUUGCCCCCACUCUGCCCCCCAACAACCAGGGCUCCCCAGCCCCCUCCGCUCCUCUAAACCAUGAUCCUUCCUGGCGUGCCUACCUCAUGCCCGCUGUCUUGGGGGGCAGCGCCUGUGCCCCCUUUCUCCCAAGGCUGAGGUUAGGAAGUGAGAACCAGGCCUUUAACUCGUGGCUGUUCUGCUGCUGCUGCUGCUCCGAUCUGGCUGUACAGGAAGAGACCCAGCCCUGUCCUGGUACCACAGGGGUCUCCUUCCAGGCCACUCAGGACAUUUUUAGCUUCUCCCCACGUCCUUUGUCCUUGGAACGUCCUUGUCAUCAGCCCUCCCAGCCCCCUAGAGCAACGCCUAUGAGCGUGGGGUUCUGAGCUCCCCUAUGGGGACAGUUCCGUUCUUGAAAUGUCAGUGUUGGGGAAUAUCUGUGGCCUGUGCGGCCCAUCUCAGGUUUGGGGAUCCCCCAGUCCCUAUGAUCAGUGUUGGGGUUCCCCCUGGGAGCCUAGUUUGAGGCCCCAGCCCCUUUUAACCCUUGAAUGGGUAUUCUCCUAUAUUUAUGGAAAUAAAGUUCCAUUUCCUCA